ACGCCUCCUCGGGGCCAAGCUGCGGGAAGAAAAGUGUUCAGCUCGGCCCCCCGCACUUGAACUCUUUCCACUUUCGUCCUCUUCUCCCCAAGAUGGUGGCCUCUCGGGCAAUUGGCAGCCUCAGACGCCUCUCGAAUGCCUCCAGGACGCUUCGCUGCCCAGGUUAUAUUUGUCGCAACUUUACAAGGUCAUCUGCUUUGCUGACCAGAACCCAUAUUAACUAUGGAGUCAAAGGGGAUGUGGCAGUCAUCCGAAUUAACUCACCCAAUUCAAAGGUAAACACACUUAAUAAAGAACUGCAGUCGGAGUUCCUAGAAGUAAUGAAUGAAAUCUGGGCAAAUGAUCAAGUCAGAAGUGCUGUCCUCAUCUCAUCAAAGCCAGGCUGCUUCAUUGCAGGUGCUGACAUCAACAUGAUAGCUUCUUGCAAGACCCCUGAAGAGGUAAGAGAACUGUCACAGGAAGGUCAGAAAAUGUUUGAGAAACUCGAGAAGUCGACGAAGCCGAUUGUGGCAGCCAUCAGUGGAUCCUGCUUGGGAGGAGGCCUCGAGCUUGCUAUUUCAUGCCAAUACAGAAUAGCAACCAAAGACAGAAAAACAGCACUGGGGGUCCCUGAAGUCUUGUUGGGACUCUUACCAGGAGCGGGCGGCACACAGCGACUGCCCAAAUUGGUGAGCAUACCUGCUGCUUUUGACAUGAUGCUGACUGGUAGGAACAUCCGUGCAGACAGAGCAAAAAGAAUGGGACUGGUUGACCAAUUAGUGGAACCGCUGGGACCAGGAAUCAAACCUCCAGAGGAACGGACAGUUGAAUACCUAGAAGAAGUUGCAGUUACUUUUGCCAAAGGACUAGCUGAUAAGAAAGUCUCUUUAAAGAGAAACAAGGGAUUGAUGGAAAGAUUGACAUCGUACGCCAUGAAUAUUCCAUUUGUCAGGGAACAAGUUUAUAAAAAGGUGGAAGAACAAGUACGAAAGCAGACCAAAGGCCUUUAUCCCGCACCUCUGAAAAUAAUCGACGUGGUAAAAACUGGACUUGAGCAAGGGAAAGAGGCUGGCUAUCUCGCUGAAUCUCAGAAUUUUGCCCAGCUCGCAAUGACCAAAGAAUCAAAGGCCUUGAUAGGAUUGUAUCAUGGUCAGGUCUUGUGCAAGAAGAAUAAAUUUGGAGCUCCGCAGAAGGAGGUCAAGCACCUGUCCAUUCUUGGCGCAGGGCUGAUGGGGGCUGGCAUCGCCCAAGUCUCCGUGGACAAAGGCAUAAAGACUAUGCUUAAAGAUGCUACGCUAGGCGGGCUGAGCCGAGGGCAGCAACAGGUGUUCAAAGGAUUGAAUGAUAAGGUGAAGAAGAAAGCUCUGACAUCAUUUGAAAGAGACUUCAUUUUCAGCAACUUGAUUGGGCAGCUGGAUUAUCAGGGUUUUGAAAAGGCCGACAUGGUGAUUGAAGCUGUUUUUGAGGACCUCAGUCUUAAGCACAAAGUGCUAAAGGAAGUAGAAGCGGUGAUUCCAGAGCACUGUAUCUUUGCCAGUAACACAUCGGCUCUCCCAAUCAAUGAAAUCGCUGCUGUCAGCAAAAGACCCGAGAAGGUGAUUGGCAUGCACUACUUCUCUCCUGUGGACAAGAUGCAGCUGCUGGAGAUCAUCACAACAGAGAAAACAUCCAAGGACACAAGUGCUUCCGCCGUAGCCGUGGGCCUCAGACAGGGGAAGGUCAUCAUCGUGGUUAAGGAUGGGCCUGGCUUCUAUACUACGAGGUGUCUCGCACCCAUGAUGUCUGAAGUCCUCCGAAUUCUCCAGGAAGGAGUGAGCCCUAAGAAGCUGGAUUCCCUGACCACAGGCUUUGGCUUUCCUGUUGGUGCUGCCACACUGGUGGAUGAAGUUGGCGUGGAUGUAGCAAAACACGUAGCAGAAGAUCUAGGCAAAGCCUUUGGGGAGAGAUUCGGAGGUGGAAGCCCAGAACUGCUGAAACAGAUGGUGUCCAAGGGCUUCCUGGGUCGCAAGUCUGGGAAGGGCUUUUAUGUCUACCAGGAGGGUGUGAAGAGUAAGAACUUGAAUUCUGACAUGGAUAGUGUUUUGGCAAGUCUACAGGUGCCUCCUAAGUCUGAUGUGUCCUCUGAUGAAGACAUCCAGUACCGCCUGGUGACCAGGUUCGUGAACGAGGCUGUCCUGUGCCUGCAGGAAGGGAUCCUGGCCACCCCCGCAGAGGGAGAUAUCGGAGCAGUCUUUGGGCUCGGCUUCCCCCCCUGCCUUGGAGGGCCCUUCCGCUUUGUGGACCUGUUUGGCGCUCAGAAGGUAGUGGACCAGCUCAGGAAGUAUGAGGCCGCCUACGGAAAACAGUUCACCCCAUGCCAGCUGCUAGUUGAUCAUGCCAACAGCCCUAACAAGAAAUUUUACCAGUGAGCAGGCCCUCACGCCCUGCUCGCCCCCCACCUACUAACCCCGGCUCCUGGCAGCGCUGGUUGCCCAGCAGAGUGGCAUCUAGAUUUUUGGUAACCUCAAGGAAAGCAAACUCUGACACUGGGUCUGUGCCUUGAUUAAAGUGCCUUCAGCUGUGACUGUCCCGCCCUCCUGGUGAAGUCUGGCUGUGUUUGCACUUCAUGUCGGGAGGUGGAACCCACUGUCCUUGUGAAUCUGUAAGUCCCAAGACCCAGAGUGGCAGCACGCCUGCCUGGAGGCCGGUGGUGGCCAACAGCGGUGACGGCAAUUAUGCCCUUGGCCAAACACAGGGCAACAAUAAAAACCAAACUUAUUUAUCAGCC